UAGCAAAGAAAGCUUAAAGAAAAUAAACAUCGGGUUAUAUGAAACUGAUUUAACAGGAGAAUACGCCUACGUAAUGUCGACUUUAAGAUGAAAGAAAAAUACUUCUAUAAUCUGUCGAGUCAAAAGUCGAGUCGAGAUGUCAAUGUCAACUUCGCCUUGACUUUUGCCUCCCGGACUCCCGAUAUUAUUUAAUUUAAUAUUAAUUAGUUGAAUUAUUGAAAAUUAUAAUUUAAAUCUAUCAAAAUGGUGGAAGCACAGAAGUUUAGGAUAGAGCAGGAGAUGACAAAUCUCGUAAAUGAAUUGGAUAGGAGCUAUUUACGAAAAAUGCAGGGUGAUAUGCAUAGAUGCGCAGCACAGUGCUGUGACAACCAGCAGAACACCUUGGAAAGAGUGCAUGGAUGUAUUGACAAUUGUACUACAUCUCUCAACCAAGCUAACAACUAUGUACAGAAUGAGAUCAAUCACUUCCAAAACAGGCUACAGCGCUGUGUGAUGGACUGCAACGAUUCAGCACGAGACAGGCUCGGUCCGGAUCCUAGCCAAGAAACUAUCGACAAAUGCACGAUAGACUUCGAGAAGUGCGCCGUAAAAUGCGUGGAUAAGCACAUGGGCCUUAUUCCCAGCAUGUUAAAGACCAUGAAAUCCGUGCUGGCCAGCGGGAAGCCUCCACCAAUGAGGAGCGAAUGAGAUGCAUAGUUACCAUAUAUAUGGUUUUAUACAAGAUUUAUUUUGUUGUUGAUUGUACCUCUUGACAAGCUUUUAUUUAACUUGCAAUGUAACUAUGUAUGUGACGAUGAUGAUGAUGAUGUGUGGGCGGCUCAAAUCUUGCAAGUUAAAUUGGACCCACUCACUUCCCGAUUUCCGAUUGAGCUGAAAUUUUGCAUACAUAUGUAAAUCGGAUCAAAUCGGAUGACAAUUAUCGGCGUAGGCCGGUACAGGCAGCUGCCCCCCCAAGCUCAAAUCUUACAUACAAUGUAUACCCCUCUGCGACGUCUGUCCCCCCCUAGGCCUCUGGCGAUAACACAUUUCCCCUCCCCUCCCUCCCUUAGGUCACUGGCUGGCUACGCCCUUGAUGACUAUGCAAUAUUAUGAUGACAUGGAGCUAAUCUCAUGAUGGAGACAGGAGGUGGUCAUGGGAACUCUGUGAAACAGCACAACCUAAUUGUGUUUGGGGUCAUUAAAAUUGUCUCGAUGAGUAUUAGUUACCUGCGGAAAGAAAAGUACAGUCAAGCGAUAAAAGCUUGUACCAAAAUGAAAAUUUGCCAAAAACUUAUUUUGGUAGGAUCUACCUUGAAAGUUCGUAUAGUCUUAAACACUGUAGUAGAUAAUGUCAAAUUUUCUUUUAUUAUUCCUUUUCUUAACUCUUUCUGACAGUGUGUACAAAUUUUCUUUACGAUAGGCGGCCCGAUUCAAACAAGACACGUUUAAGAUCUUGGAAAGAUCUUUAAAAGAUCGAUAACUAAACGACAUGUCUAAAUUGACGUUUAUUUCGAUUCCGCUGUGAUACCAAUAGGGAGCGUGCAUGAACUGUAGGAGGCAGCACAGGAGCCGUCAGAUUUUUGGCGCGAGGCGUAAAUGUGAUGUUUAUUGUUCCGAUGUAGCCCACAAGAUGGCAGAACCUACUAUGCACAAGAAAACGCGUGAGGUGUAAAUGUACAUGUUUAUGGUUCCGAUUCAGGCCACAAGAUGGCAGACCCUCCGACGCGCACGGUCCCUAUAAGAUUUAUCUACGAUAUUUCUAACGUCAAAGUGACAUUGGUUGCCCGAAUCGAGCUGCUUCUGUCAAUUAUACGACAUACAAACGAUAUCUAAACCAGAACUUAUCGUUAUCGUAUAUCAUUCUUCGAAUAGGGCUGAAGGUCAUCCUAAAAAGCAUAUGGGGUAUCUAUUUAAAUUAUUUUUUUGCGAAAUAUAUGUGUGCAUGUAAUGCGCCGUACACACUCAUCGAGACAAGCAAAGUGUAAGGGCCAGUUGCACCAAACCACCUGCUAACGUAAGCACAGUUCGCUAAAUUUUAACGCUUACGUGGGGGUCUUAACGAUUGCUAAAUAAAAUGCGUUGCACCAACUAUAAAAUAACAGAAUGUCGGCGCUAAUCGUGUGGCCAUACUAUGAACGCGUUCCUACCAAAAAAUUUAUGGUAGAAUUAUUUUUUCAUAUAGCAACCCAGUCAUAAAUGUCAAAGUUGUCAAAUUUUUCAACAACGAGAAAACUUGUAGGCGCGAACUAGUUUCUUUUCAGGUUUUAAAUCUAAAUAUUACACAAUUUAUGCCAUGCCAAUCUUGAAUAUAUUUAUGAUUAUAUUAAUGGCACAUUAAAUUAAAGUGAAACUGCUGACUACGAUUGUUCAGUGUCCAAGUGCUUUCCAAGCUGCAAUACCGAAUUAAACAAGGAGCUGCAUUGCCCGGUUUGAUAUACACCAUUUGAUAUGGAAUACUAGAUGAAAGUUACACACAAGUGAAUCGAUUCAAGAAAUCAAAGAAUCAUACACUAGAUUAACUGGAAAAACUUGUUGCGAAAAAUAAAGUAUUAUAAAUGA